CUAAGAUUUAACAACUGAAUAUGAUGAAUAAUAAUAAAAUGUAAACAACAAAUAUAGUUGAAUAACUUCAUUGUGUAUACGAAUGAAUAUUAAAUUAUGGAUUAAUUUCAAGCCUAUUCAUCUAUAUUCAGUAAAUAAUUAUCCACUAUAGGAUCAAUAGUCUUGAAGAAUAUCAUGUGUGGAGAAUUUCCAUUCAACACCUCAACCAUCAUCAAUGGCUUCUAUAGAUCAAAUGAAUUUCAUGACUACAAAUAACACAAGCGCAACUUAUUCUGGUUACCAUCAUCAGAUGCCGAAUUCACAAUCAGAUUUUAGUCAUUUAUUUCAUUCAAAUAUGACAUAUCCUUCUUUAUUAAUUACACCAUCAACAUCGAAUCCAGCAUCUCCUAUCUUUCCACCUCUACCGGUUAAUACAAAUCCUGGAAAUAUUUUCGUCUCUUCCAGUCACACAAUUAACCCUACUGUUUCUGGUGUUUAUCCUGCUGCUGCUGCCGCUGCCGCCGCCGUAGCUGCUGCUUCUUUUCAAUCACUGUCGUCAUCAGUUUAUGAUCAAUUUUAUUCAGCAAUUUCAUCGAGUAAUUUAACAUCUGGUACUAAUAAUAACAACGCAAAUGUACAUCAACAUCUUAAUAAUGAUUAUAGCUCUCAUUAUAAUACACAACAUACAGAAGAUUCAAUCCAGAAUGAAUCGAUUACUUCAUCUUAUCGCAAUUCUAGCUUAACUGGUUAUCCUGAGAUUACGCAAACAACAUAUCCAUUAAUGUCUACUCAUUUAUUUAAUCAACAUUGUCCGACUUCUUUAUUCCCUACUUCAUCUUAUGAUACUGAUCAUAAACUAGAAAAUCAGUCUAUUUCUGACAGAUUAUUAUCUGAUCAACAAUUGUCUAAAAUGAUGGAAAAAGAAAAACAAGUGCUUCAGCAACAAGAUCGAGGUGACAAUUCAAAUCACAUUGAUUUUUUCAAUAGACGAGUUCAACCUACAGGAAAUUUAGUAAACCAUUUACCACCUCAAGAUAAUCAUUUCGCUCCAAGAUCAUCAUUAUCAUCUGAAUCAUCAUCGUCGUCAUCAUCAUCAUCAACUUCAGAGAUUUAUAUGAAUUCUUCUUUACAACAAAUCGACAAAAGUACUGACGAACACAGCACUUGUAAACAACUUUCUAGUGAUUUCACUCAAUUCAGUAAAACAUUUCAAUUGAGUACCUGUGAGUCAAGCAAUAAUAAUCCACUUAGUUUAACAUCAUUAAAAGAAUUUCAACUUGAUGAAAGCAGAUUAUUCAAUCUUUCUAAUCAUUUACUUAUAAACAAUAACAAUUAUCAAUCUACUAUCAAAAACUCUAUUAACAAUGGUACUAUCAAUAGUACUACCGCUACCACAAAUGCUAGCAAAUUAUCUAGAGAAUCAUUGAACCCAUUAAAUAUGCCAAUAUUUGAUGAAAAUUAUGGUCAAAUUAAUAGGAAUAGAAUAGAUCCAAACGAAACUAUCGAUAUUUUACCGUCGAGAACAUCGUUGCAGCCUAAAACUGAAGAGAAUUUUCCACCAAGCUCUUCGUCAUCAACAUUAUUAUUAUCUAAUCGAUUGAAAGAAAACGAUUAUUCAACUAUGGCUACCACUGGAAACAGUAGUAGCAUGAGUGAUUGUGGCGGUGGUGGUAGUGGUGGUGUUGUUGGUCCCAUAAAUACAGGUUGCUGUGAAUCAUUGAGUAUAUUGACAAGGGAUAUGAUGAGAGCCUAUUUAGUUGAUCGACGUGAUCAAGUUCUAAUCAUCCUCCAUGCAAAAGUUGCUCAAAAAUCAUAUGGAACGGAAAAACGUUUUUUCUGCCCUCCUCCUUGUGUGUAUCUUCGUGGAGAAGGUUGGGGAUUACAUUCUGACCAAACAUCACAUUUUGAAUCCAAAUUAAUCUCUAGUCGUGAAAAUGUUGAUCAGACAGAACUAAUGAGUUAUUCCACUAAUAAUGUUCGAACAUAUUCUUUGCAAAAUAAUAAUAAUAAUAAUAAUAACAAUUCAUCAAGUUCAUUAGUUACAUCUACUCCAGGACCUUUAACAUCAUCUCCAUUCACAACAGAACAAUCUCAGGUACUUGCUUUUAUGGGUAUUGGUGGAUCAACUACUCCAGUUGAAAUGAUUCAAUUAAAUUUAGAUGAUGGAAAAGACUAUUCAAAUGCUAAAACAUUAUUUAUUUCCGAUUCAGAUAAACGAAAAUAUUUUAUGUUAACAUUGAAAAUGUUUUAUAAAAAUGGUAAAGAUUUAGGACAAUUUUAUUCAAGACGUAUUAAAGUUAUUUCAAAACCAAGUAAAAAGAAACAAUCAUUAAAAAAUACUGAUUUAUGUAUUGCAUCUGGUACAAAGAUAGCUUUAUUCAAUAGACUACGUUCACAAACUGUCAGUACACGGUAUUUACAUGUUGAAGAUUCUAGUUUUCAUGCAAGUUCAAGUCGUUGGGGUUCAUUUACAAUCAAUCUACUAGCUGAUGAUCAAGAUGAAGCUGAACAAUUCACUGUACAAGAUGGUUAUAUACAUUAUGGUCAUACAGUGAAAUUAGUUUGUUCGGAAACUGGUAUGGCAUUGCCUCGUUUAAUUGUACGAAAAGUAGACAAAACAACUGUUCUAUUAGAUGCUGACGAUCCAGUUAGUCAACUUCAUAAAUGUGCAUUUCAUUUAAAAGAUACAGACAGAAUGUAUUUAUGUCUUUCACAAGAUAAAAUUGUUCAAUUACCAUCUACACCAUGUGAAGAAAAUCCUUUACGUGAGAAAAUCAAUGAUGCUGCAGCAUGGACAAUUAUUAGUACAGAUAAAGCAGAAUAUCGUUGGUUUGAACCGAGUCAUUUACCAACUACAUAUAGAACAAUCGAUGGACAAAUUAAAUCAAUCAAACCGCCUACAUCAUGUUUAACACCAAUUACACCUGUACCAAUUGUACGAGAUAUGCGAGUAAAUGGUGGUGGUGAUGUUGCAAUGCUUGAAAUAAUUGGUGAAAAUUUCAGUCCUAGGCAUCAAGUAUGGUUUGGUGAUGUACCAGCGCAAACAUUUUAUCGUUGUGAAGAAUUAAUACUAUGUUUUGUACCAGAUAUAUCAGAGUUUCACAAAGAUUGGACAUAUAUUCAAAAAACUUUAGAGGUUCCAAUUAGUUUAGUCCGACAAGAUGGUAUUAUUUACGCUAGUGGAUUAACAUUCACUUAUCAUCCAGAAUCUGGACCAAGACAACAUUGUCAACCAGCUCUUGAAAUUAUACGUGCAGCAAGUAUUGCUGCUGCUGCAGCCGCAGCAGCUGCUUCAUCAAAUUCAUUAUCAACAUCAGGAAAAUUAUUAUUAGAACCUUCUUGUUCUUCUAGAUCAGGUGCAGUAUCAUCCACAACAAUUGAAUGCAAUAAUAUUAUACAACAACAAUCAUCUGAAUUUAAUUUAUCUCAACAUCAAAAAGAUUCAAUGUGCCUUGAUAAUAAUUCAUUUCUUGCUUCAGUAUCAUCAUCUCAAAUGAUAAAUAGAUUAAAUAAUUGUAAUAGUAAUAAUAAUAAUAAUAAUACUAAUGAUUAUUAUGAAGAUGGUACUUUCGAUCAACAGAAUAACCAUUCACAUCAACAUCAGUUACAACAACAUCAUUAUACUGUUGACUCUCAGGAACAUCAUAGGCUAAAAAAUAAUAUGAAUAAUAAUUCAAACUCUUUGACUACAACAGAUCGUCUAUUUUAUAUUCCAGUAAAUACAAGUUGAACUUUUCAUGUAUUAGAUAAUAAGAAUAUACUUUUCAUCUUCAUACAACAAAAUAAUAAAUUUGAUUUCAACGAAAAGUCUUUCCUUUAUGCACACUUCCUUCGUUUCGGUUAUUUGUUGAACUUAUUAAACAAACAAAAAAAACAAAACAAAUAGAACCAUAAACUUAUGUUGAUUUGCACUUUUACCCCAUUUCAUUUUGAACUUGUUUUUAUGUUAUUAUGAAACCUUGAACAUUAACACUGUUGUUACAUUUUAUGAAUUUCACUAUCUCUCUCUCUCUAUACGCACGUAUCCAUGACUUUUUGGUUGUAUUUAAUCGUUCUUUUCUACAUCUCUUUUCUUAACAGUUUAUUUCAUCUUUUGUUUAUCCCUAUACAUAAAUUCUGUUUGAAAUGGAACGAAAUAACUACUGUUCACCAUUUCCUGUUUUUUUCUGUUCAAUUGAUUUCACAUGCUCGCUUUUUUUUUGUAAGUAAAUUAUAUUCAGUUUUCUUGUUUUGUUUUUUAAUUUCUCAUUAGAAAUAAAGUUUAUGUACAGUUAAGAAAAGCCUUUUUCUGAAGCAAAACUACAGUGAAUUCAUUAUAUUUUUAUUGAAAUUUAAAGAUCGGCCAAUUGAAUAUUUACCGAUAAAAAAAAAUUAGAAUACUUGUAGACGUUUUAUUUUUAAUUUUUUU